CAUCCAACAAAAAGGACAAAUUCCGGCUUCCUCUCUGCACUGUAUAUAUAUACCUCCAAUUGAUAAACCCAAAAUUCCCAUUCCUCCAUUACAUACAUGCGCUUUCUUAGGCCAUACUUCUCUCUCCUCAACGAAAAUUUACUACACAGAGCCCCUCAAAAACACUGCCACCAAGCUUUCUCUCUCUACAACAAAACCCACAUAUUUAAAACUUCACAUGAUCCUUGUCAUCUUGUCGAAACUCUGAAAUUAUGUUCCAGUCUCAGGUCCCCAAAGCAAGCAAUUUCUCUCCAUGGUCUUGUUAUAAAAACUGGGUCUUUUUCAGAAAACUCAGUGGCCAAUUCAUUGAUGGGAUGCUACAGUAAAUGCGGUCUAAUGGACUCUGCUUUCUCUCUCUUCAAUUGCAUAGAAAACAGGGACUCAGUGUCAUGGAACAUAGUGAUUCAAGGUUGCAUCAAUCACGAUUCUUUCAUGAAAGCUGUUUUCAUGUUUUCGGUGAUGAGAGCCUCUGGUUUGAGCUCCACUGUCCCCACUAUGGUGCUUUUAUUUCAAGCUUAUGGACAUUUGGGCGCUAUCCAAGAAGCUACGGGUGCUCAUUCCCUUAUGAUUCGAACUGGGUUUUCAGAUAUUGUAUCGAUCCAGAAUUCUCUGUUAAAUGUAUAUGCAAGAGCUGGGGAGCUUCAACUUGCUCUGCGACUAUUCGAUGAAAUGGAUCAAAGAGAUGUGAUCACAUGGAGCAUCAUUAUAAACGGACAUGCACGUAACCAUCAUCCUGGCAUUGCCUUAUGUUUCUUCAAAGAAAUGCAUAAUUGGGGCGGUAUCAAACCCGAUGGGCUCACCAUUGUAACCGUUCUUCAAGCUUGUGCAGCCAUGGAGGACACUUAUCCGUUACUGGUUUUACACAGUUAUAUCAUAAAGUUGGGUUUCAGGACUGAUGUUUUUGUGAACAAUACCCUCAUAGACUUAUAUUCAAGAUGUGGGGAUACCCAAUCAGCAAGAAGAGUCCUGGACUAUAUGCCAGAAAGGAAUAAUGUAACAUGGAAUUCGAUUAUAACUGGUUUGGUUCAGAAUGAACAUUAUAUCGAGGCCUUGCUGUUCUUUAAUCAUAUGCAAAAGGAUGGAAUUGAAGCUGAUGAGGUGACAAUGGUGAACUUGCUUCAAGUUAUCAAGCGAUUUGGAGACUCAAAGAAGUGCAAAUCUAUACAUUCUGUGAUAAUUCGUAGAGGGCUCGAGGUGAACAUGCUUUUAUCAAAUUCUGUAAUGGAUGCUUAUGCCAAAUGUGGAUCCUUAGAGCUAGCCUGGAGGCUGUUUACCAAAACUAAUGAUAGGGAUUUGGUCUCAUGGAGUACAAUAAUCGCUAAUUUUUCAGAUUGUGGGAGGCACAAAGAGGCCCUCUCUCUAUUCCGAGAGAUGUAUAUCUCACAAGAGAAGCCCAAUUCAGUAACCAUGUUAAGCAUAUUAGACUCUUGUGCUAGCUUAGCCGCACUUCUUGGAGGAAAGUGGGCACAUGGGCUAGUUAUCAGAAACAGGCUUGAGAGAGAAGUAACAGUAUCCACGUCUCUCGUGAAUAUGUACGCCAAGUGUGGGGACACAGUAAUGGCUCGAAGAGUGUUCGAUUCCUCCCCAAAUAAGAAUGUGGUAACUUGGAGUUCCAUGAUUGGAGCCUAUGGAAUGAAUGGCCAUGCAAGAGCUGCUCUUGAGUUAUUCAAAGAAAUGGAAUCAUACAAUAUGAAACCAAAUGAAAUCACAUAUCUUUCAGUUUUGUCGGCCUGCAGUCAUGGUGGCUUAGUAGAAGAAGGUCGAGCUUGUUUCGAGAGAAUGGGUCAAGAUCCUCGAGUGAAGCCAAGCGUAGAGCACUAUGCUUGCAUGGUGGAUUUGUUAGGAAGGGCUGGGCACCUUGAAGCUGCCCAAAGGGUUAUUGGGAAGAUGCACAAUGAAAUCAAGGCAGGGCCCAGCGCUUGGGGUGCUCUUCUUAGUGCUUGUAGGAUUCAUGGAAAUACCGAAUUGGGAGGAGAGGUUGUUCAAAAAGUUAUUGAGUUGGAGCCUUCGAGUUCGGGGGGUUACUUGUUGGCUUCAAGCAUGUAUGCAGCUGCAAAUAUGUGGUCUGAUGUUGCAAAGAUGAGGUCGGUGGUGAAUGAGAAGGGGCUUAGAGUGAUGGGUGGUUAUAGCUUGAUACAGGUAAAUUUACAGAGCCAUAGGUUCAUUGCAUGGGAUUGGUCUCAUCCACAAUCCCAACUUAUACAUGAAACCUUGGAGCACUUGAUGGGUGAGAUGAAGUGGGGAGUAGAUGUUGAAUUCAUGUGAAUUCAUGUUUUGCCAUGGAUUAGAUUCCUAGGUUUCUGAUGAAGAGGGAAGAGGAUGAUGAAUUCAAGGAAAAGUAUAUCGUGCAUCCCCAAAUAGAUGUGUCCACCCUGAUUUACUCCAUGGAUUUUAGGUCCAUAAGCCCUCAUAAAUCAUUGAAAAUACAUUUCCACAUUAAGUCCAUGAAUUUGCUGCUAAUAAAAUAGUGAUCUGAUGAUUUGCAAAGA